GGCUGUGUGCACUUGUGAGCUGUAAGGAGGAUCCAUCAGCUGAAGUAACCAGAGGACCCAGCAUGGUGUGAGGAGCAGUCACAUCUAUUGUCUGCUCCUAACCUGCAGUGCCUUCUCCUCCCACCUCAUCCCAGUCCUCCCCCUGCAGCCUUAUUUCCCCCCCUUAUUUGUAAUUCUUUCUGAUCUUUAUUUGUCUGAAAUAACUGGUCCAUCCCCAGGGGCUGAGGAUGGCUGACAGGAAGCAACCCGGCAGCAGGCACAAUGAUGGGGAAGAGGUCCCAGCCUUCUUCAAGAACAUGGGAUCUGGGAGUCCCAAGCCUAGGCAGAAAUUCUGUGGGAUGUUCUGCCCAGUGGAAGGGUCUUCUGAGAACAAAACCAUCAAUUUUGAUUCCCUGUCAUUGGGGAAGGGGUCUGGGAAAGUCAUUGCCGAGCAGAAGGAUGUGACCCCUUCAGACAUUGGGAGGAAGCUGGAAAUCAAGUGUUCUUAUGGGAAAGAAGCCCUUCAGUACCUCAAUGACAAGAGCGAUCGACUCCUUAUAAAAUGUGGGAAAAUUGUCAAUGAUGACCAAUCAUUCCAUGCUGACAUUUACAUGGAGGAUGGGUUAAUUAAGCAGAUCGGUGAAAAUCUGAUUGUACCAGGAGGUGUGAAGACCAUAGAGGCUCAUGGCAGGAUGGUGGUGCCAGGCGGGAUUGAUGUUCACACCUGCUUCCAGAGGCCCUCUCGCGGCAUGGUGUCUGCAGAUGACUUCUUCCAAGGGACCAAGGCAUCUUUGGCCGGAGGCACCACUAUGAUCAUUGAUCACGUUAUACCGGAGCCAGGGACCAGCUUGCUUUCUGCUUUUGACCAAUGGCACGAGUGGGCGGAUAGCAAAUCCUGUUGUGACUACUCCUUGCACAUGGAUAUCACUGAGUGGCACAAGGGUGUACAGGAGGAAAUGGAGGCGCUGGUGAAAGAUCAUGGUGUUAAUUCGUUCCUGGUCUACAUGGCUUACAAGGAUGAGUAUCAGCUGACAGACUCUCAGAUCUAUGAAGUGUUUAGUGUCAUCCGGGACAUUGGAGCCAUUGCACAAGUGCAUGCAGAAAAUGGUGAUGUCAUAGCUGAGGAACAACAGAGGAUCUUAGAACAAGGAAUCACAGGCCCAGAGGGACACGUCUUGAGCCGGCCAGAAGAGGUGGAGGCAGAGGCUGUCAACCGCUCCAUCACCAUUGCCAACCAGACCAACUGUCCGCUAUAUGUAACCAAGGUGAUGAGCAAAAGCUCAGCAGAAGUCAUCGCACAGUCCAGGAAGAAAGGUGCGGUUGUGUAUGGGGAGCCGAUCACCGCAAGUCUUGGCACUGAUGGCUCCCACUACUGGAGCAAAAACUGGGCUAAGGCAGCAGCAUUCGUCACAUCUCCUCCACUGAGCCCCGACCCCAGUACUCCUGAUUUCCUCAACUCUCUGCUCUCCUGUGGUGACUUGCAGGUUUGCGGGAGUGCACACUGCACUUUUAACACAGCUCAGAAAGCUGUUGGAAAAGACAAUUUCGCACUAAUUCCAGAAGGGACCAAUGGAACGGAGGAGAGAAUGAGCAUCGUGUGGGACCGAGCUGUGGUUACUGGGAAAAUGGAUGAAAACCAAUUUGUCGCUGUAACCAGCACCAACGCUGCCAAAAUUUUCAACUUGUAUCCUCGAAAGGGACGCAUCGCAGUAGGAUCUGAUGCUGAUCUGGUGAUAUGGGACCCGGACAGUGUAAAGACAAUCUCAGCCAAGACGCACAACAGUUCUGUGGAGUAUAAUAUUUUUGAAGGCAUGGAUUGCCGUGGGAACCCCCUAGUGGUGAUAAGCCAGGGGAAGAUUGUAUUUGAAGAUGGCACUCUCCACGUCACUGAGGGGUCAGGACGAUACAUUCCCAGGAAGCCAUUCCCAGAUUACGUGUACAAAAGGAUCAAGGCGCGAAGCAGGCUUGCUGAGCUGCGAGGGGUCCCUCGUGGACUGUACGAUGGACCUGUCUGUGAAGUCUCUGUGACGCCAAAAGCAGUCACACCCGCAUCCUCUGCCAAGACAUCACCUGCCAAACAGCCGGCGCAGCCCAUACGGAACCUGCACCAGUCUGGAUUCAGCCUGUCAGGAGCACAGGUGGAUGACAAUGUACCUCGUCGCACUACUCAGCGCAUUGUGGCGCCCCCCGGUGGCCGUGCCAACAUCACCAGCCUAGGCUAAACCCAAACUAACUCUCCUGCCCCAAGAUUUUGUUCCUUUUCCAAGGUGAAUUAUACUGAAAGAUUUACCAGUUCCUGGCAUUUUUUUAUAAUCUUGGGGGCAGUGACUUUUUUAGGAGCAGAAACCAAUGGUCUAGGAGACAAGCAGUAUGACAUCGUACCUACAUCAUAAAUAUACAUACAUGUAUAGGAUAUUUGUAGUGUGUUAAUUACAGGUAUCACUUUGUAUGUUUGCAUGUGUGUAGAUAAGUAUGUGUAUUAAUGCUGCAAUCCCAUGUAGAAAUUAUGUUUAUUGUUUUGUUUUUAUUAUAUAAUUCACUCUGGUCACGUCACCUGGAGGUGUUUUUUCUUAGUGUUUUUCUGCAAGCUGCUAUUAAUAAUUUACAGUUUUUGAAGUGUCAUGUAGUUACCAUGACAACCACAGUCACAUUAAAUAUCAUAAUGACCAGUGAAAGGCUUUGGGGCCCCCCUCUGGCAUGCCAGUUCAUGGCACAAUACACAGUCCUCACUUCCUGGUCACAUGACUAAUGAGGAACUUACUGACUGAUUGGCUCUGACUCAGAAAUCGGGGUAGGUACACUCUGCUCAUGAAUGAGCUUCCAGAGCUGAAACCAAAUGCUACCAGCUAACAGACACUUUCUUGAAUGGCAACCAUGCCAGUCUUCCCCAGAGAACGCUUUUUGCAACGGUAGGGCUGAGGUCUUCUAGGAUGACGUCCUGAAAAAAUUACUUUAAGCUUCAUGUUGCUUCUUGUUACAAAGGUACAAAACUUGCUGUGGGAUUGCAGCUUUAAUAUAUUAAUAUACACACAUUUUCUCCUGGACUUUAUUGGGUUGAGUUAGAGCCCCACAAGAUCCAUCUUUCCUAGUGCCCAUUUACCACCUUUAUAAAUCUGUACCCCGUUUUGAUGCCCCCAGUGUUCUUUUGUGAUGAAGUGAAGGUCACUAUGUAGAAACAUCUCAGUCUUGCCAGAUAAGGGAUAUAAAUUCACGUUAUGGGAUUAGGAAUAUACAUCUCUAUGAGAAAACACAUCCGUUCUUAGAAGAAGACAUGUUUUGAACUGAUGAUGUCUACUAGGUAAUGAGGUGAAUACAGAUCACCAACCGUUGGUGGCGAUCCCGGUAACAAAAUGUGAGUGCAGGUAAAUGACUCUCUCUGCUCUCUGAAUCUUUUUACAUACUAACCAUAGAAAUGAUACGGUAAACAUUAGUUUGGUUACACUGUAUCAGAAAAUCUGCCUCGUUUCACAGUCUUAUUACUUCGUUGACCAUUUAAAACUAAUACAGUCUAGAUAGACCUCAGCCUAAGACUAAUCAGUUAGAUCAAAGACGUCCUGGGUGGAAACGCCAGAAGCUUCAGGUUUAUGUGGGUAUAUAGUGUAUAGGGCACCAUGGUUCUGACCAUGCAGGGUGGAUGUUCCAUAUCAACCAGUUAUUAACCCAUUGUGGGAUUUGUGGUUGUGUUUCUGAGUGCAGGAGAUGUUGUGCUAAUGCUAAUUAAUGUGUCUAGAAUGCAAUUGUGCUCUCUCCGAUGUCUUAAAUAGCAAAGAGCUAAGUCUUGUGUCUUUCCCUGUAAACACUGUGUUCUGAUUUCUUAUCACAGAAUCCACUAAUAAAAUGUUGUGCUUUC